UUAGUUCAUCAUUAAAAUUCAUUCAAAAACAACUGUAAAAGUUAAUUAUAUGCAGAAUCCCUUCUUAACUUUGUGGACUAUAUCGGUGGGACAUGGACGAAGCUCUUAGCUUCUAUCUGUCGUGAUCUACAAGGAACCUGGUAUUUAACUGGGCUUCAGAGCUUUUGACUCGUGGUAUUUCAAGGUUAUGUGAUACGGAUCGAAAUUAAAGGCGAUUUGUCCAUGGUUUAAUUAAUUGUUAAGAUAUCUUGAGUGUUUCGGAUCCAAUUAUCUAUCGUCAAUGCAAGACGGAAAAGAAGGGACCGAAAGCACGGGCACAACUACAAGAUGGCGAAGGAACGGGAAACCUAGUGAUGCAAAUGGAUCGAGACCGGAGCCUAAACCUUCAAAAGAUGAAGCAAAGGACUAUAACAAGAACAAGUCGUGCGAGAUUGAUCUAUUGUUGAUCCAGCGAAGGACUUAUCUGUUGUCCGCUGGGAUAGGAGACACAAACAAAGAAUUUAAUAAGUACAAAGGGAAAAUUGGGCUUGUGUUAUGGAGCAUAAACAUGGUGAUACAUUUUGGGUUUGACUUUUACGAAUCAACGACUAUAUUUGACGAGUCCUGGGCGACAUGUAUUGGGCUUUUCCUACUGACGCUAGUGGUGUGCUGUUUCUCUAUGGUCAAGCACUCCAUUCCGUGGUUCAUCAAAGGCGUCAAAAGACUGAAAAAGGAUGGUCAUUAUCCAAAGACGCUAAGAAGAGUUCAGUUACUUGUACGGUUUAUGCCUUUCGCCGUCAUUGUAUUUGCUGUUGGGGCUGCUGUAGGGCAGUUUGGAUGUUACUGGGCGGAUGAUGCCCUUAAGGUGGACUUUAACCCUAAAAAUAGCACGGUCAUCGUGGUAACGGACGAGGUGGAGAUUCUCCUGAACAUUUUGCGAGCUACGAGUCUGGUGCACAUCUUCUAUGGCUUCUGCUCGCUGCUGUUGUUCCACAUGACCGUGAUCUUCAUGCUUCAGAGCUCCAUGAAUGAGUACAAUGAGCGCAUGGGCAAGCUAUUCCGCGAGGUCCCCAUCAGCAUUGGGUUCUCCGAGGCUGUCAAUCUGUUCUCUGCGCGCGCAAAAUUCGUCAGAGAGGGAAGCAACAAGAGCUCGAUCGUGUUGACCACGCUUCUCGUCGCCUGCUGUACGUCUUUUGUACUCAACGCCUACAAUUUUCUCUUUCUCAAAAAACUUGCUAUUUACAUCUGGUUUGCGCUUGCACCACUCAUAUGGGCGGUGGUACCUCUCUUGGGGGCAGCCUGGGUGACCAAGACCUAUAACAAGUACAAGUUCGUCGUGGUCAACGCAUGGGUCGAUAUCCCGGAUGAACACGAAAUCGAGGCUCAAGCUCACGAGGCUCUUCACCAGUCCCGAGCUCGGCCAAAAACGCCCGUGAAAAGAAUGUGGGGCUCGAUUAUGAGGAAGAUGGAUCGGGGGACUGGAAAUGGAGCGGAGCAGAAUGCGAAAAAAGAGGAAAAGGUGGUUAAGGCUGAAGAGCAAGUGAAGGAGAUAGAUAACAAGAAUGAACAUGAGGCCAUCAAAGAAGCAAAGCAGAGUGAGCCGCCAACAGUUGCCGAACCCGAACAGCCCAAGAUUAUGAGACGGAAUAGCGAGGUGACGUUGAGUUUUGAAAGCCGUGCAAACAAGAAUCAAAAGCUGUUGAAGCGAUCAAGUGAAGGGAUGCCCCAAAAGGGAUGGGACAAAACCCCAACCAUACUCUUCACAGAUCACGAUGCGUCCCCUACUUCCCGCCAUAGGGAAAUGAACCAACAACCAGUCAAACGUCACAGCAACUCAUCUAUGACAGAGGUGGUGGUGAACGAUCUGAUACGGCAACGGGACAACGAGGGGUUCAAGUCGAGCGCGGAAGAAAUGACAACCCAAAUCCCAAAUCAUACCACAGGGGAACCGUCUCAGGAGAAUACUGGUUCGAGUAGUCUCAGCUCUGGGGAGUUCCGUGUAGGUGAGAAACGAACUGAUGAUACAACUCGUAAUGAAGUGGCGAAAGAACAUCGUGGAUUGUUGAAGAAGUCUAAUGAUGUUUGUAUUGAGAUCGAGGCUCCAGGGGAGACUGAUGCCAACGUGUUUCCACUGAAUACCCCAUACGAGUUCGCGCGCAUCUCUAACCCGACAUUUUCACGAUCUGACUCGUCGAGUUCGUGUCCUUCGCCUCGACCUGAGGGCGAGGCCGCGCAUCGUAUUACUCCCCAACCAAAUCAGGACUUAGAAGUGACGUCAUUUAACGUGGGUGAUGCACACCCGGAAAUGACGUCAUCAGCUUCUGAUACAUUUCUCAAAUCGAGCCUAGCAGUACCUCAGUCGACUGAGGGGGGUGGGGUGGUGGGGUCUCAGGCGAAAACAGGUCACUUCUUGACAGGAAUGGCGAAAACAUUCCACAAGUGGCGCACAAAGACCAAGAAGAAAAAGCACUUCAACUAUGAGAAGUAUAUAACUUACUUAGAGAGUAUUCUACCGACCGUCGGGUUUUCCGUGGGCGGGGUCAUUAUCACGUGGAAUGGAAUCUACACCUUUAUCGUCAUCAUGACGUUUCUUGUCGGCGUCUUCGCCCAAGAAGCCUUCUUCGGCAAAUAGGACAAAGUAAAAAGCCCAAAACACAAAAAUAUGGUGCUCGUUCUAUCCACGGCAACUUGUUUCCGAAUCACAUAUUAAAGCAGCACAAGGUCUGAUAGAUUAAGUUUGCAUCAUGUUUCAAUGAGGUCACAGAAGAAUAACUUUGCCACGCUUGUUGGCUCGUGUAGCUAAGAUAAGCCCACGUUCCAGAGUCAAAAGAUGUUAUAAUUUCUAUAUUACAGUAUAGUUUGGACUUACAUUCUUUGGUCGAGUAGAUGAAGUUAUAGAUCAAUCCCAAUUAUUCCAAUAAAUUGUAUUUUACUAAAAAAAGGUAAAAAUGGUUUGUAGGAUUUGGCUGAAUAAACUACUUUAAAUAGAA